AUGGGGCUGAUUAGGAAAGGAAGGGCAGCUAGAAGAGGCCAAUUAUCAGUAAAAGUUGAUAUUAUACAAGCCAAAAUAGACACUGUGGAGAAUUCAAGGUGUAAUCCGCUUUGUCUAGUGACCACAAAUGGUAUAUUUAAUAGAAGCAAAAAGCUUAGGAAUACUUCUAAUCCUCGCUGGGAACAGACGUUAACUUUGAUAUUGCCUUCCAAACCUACUUCUGAGCAUUUGAGGAUAGUCUUAUAUGAUGAUAUGCUCAGGAAACAGGAGGAUAUUGGAGUGCAAUUGGAACGUGAGAGGUACUUAUAUCUUGGUGAGGUUAGAUUAUCUUUGCUUGAAAUGUUCAAAGGUAAUGGUGUGACACAUAAUGAGUUUCAUCUUCCGCCGCGGUGGUACCCGGUGUGCAACCGUAAGCGUAAAGGUUAUCAGGCUGCUGAUAUACAAGUAGCUAUUACUCUUAGCUGCUGUAAGGAUGGCAUGAACCUCCAAAAUGUUUAUAGAAGCUGGUGUGACUAUCUGACGGAUUCUAUGAUUACAAGGAGGACUAGGAUGAAGCAAGAUAUGGAGCUGUUAUUGGAAAGUUUUGAGGGCGAAGAGAACGAAAACGAUCUUGCGGAAUUCUCAUCUUUAUCCUCAGAUUCGCUUACCGCUGAUUUCACGAAUUACGAGGACAUAACAAGGCACUCAGUGCUUUCUGGUAAAGUAGAAGAACCUGAAGAUGAGGAAGCGGACGGUGAGGAGCAGGAAUCAGAAUACUUAACAGAUGUGCCAUCUGAUUACAGUAGAUAUCGCAAUGUUCAGCAUGAAACUUGUGGCAGCAUAUUCACAGAGCAACGUAAUGGUUCAUCUGGUACGUUUGCAAGUGUACCACAAGUUUCUAGUAACUCGUUAACGGACUCUUCACAGCGGUCAAACCAGCUGCACGCUAAUACACAAUCCAGUGAUGAAGAUACGGAUAUUACACGCUUGCGGCGCCGCCUUAGGAACUUACGCAGGACGAAGCGCGGAGCAAACGUUUUUGAGAUUACUAAAAAGACCCACGCUCUAGGUAUUGCCAUUGUUGAUAUAAAGAAUAUCACCGAUCUUCCGCCUCUUCGGAACAAGUUCUCUACUACUUUUGACAUGGAUCCUUUCGUCAUUUUAUCAUUUGGUAGACGCGUCUUUAAAACAUCGUGGAAGAAACAUUCCCUAAAUCCCGAAUAUAAUGAGCGAGCAGCAUUUGAAAUAUAUCCUAGUGAAUUGUCUUUUACUCUGGAUUUUAGGGUAUUUGAUAAAGAUUCUUUUUCAUAUCAUGAGAGAGUAGCAGACGCUAGUGUUCUCGUUAAGCAAGUAACUGAAUUCAGAAGGGCCGACAAUGGGGAAUUUGUUCAGGAACUAGCUAUUCCCUUAGUCUUAAAGGAUGAAGAACUUGCACGCAUACAUAGUCCAAAAUUAAACCUGAAGGUAAGGUACGUCCCAUAUCAGCUUAUGAAGAAAAGGUUCUGGCAGCAUGUAGUAAACUCGUCGACGAAUUUGGAACAAUUUGAUGUAGUUCAACUUACCCUAUUGUUAGAUGGUUUUGGGCAUUUUUCGGAUGAAGAGGUCAACACGGUAUUUUAUCAAGCUGGGAAGUCGCCAUGGUCACAAGACAAAGUCUCAAAAGAAGAAGUAGUGGAGGCUUUGCAAAACUGGAAGAACAUAAGUGGUUUUAAGCGUGCCAAAAAGUGCCCACUAUGUUCAAAGCAAGUUCAGAGCGAUAAACAUCUCCGCAACUCGAAGCUGCAUGUAGAGACUGAUUUAGUGACUCAUUUCGCCAUUUGUAGCUCAAGGGAUAGAAAACUGUUAAAAGCUUCCUAUGUUUCAUGUGAUUUUGCAUCAAAACGGUGGUUCUCCAAGGUAUUGAUUAAACUAACCUAUGGGAAGUAUGCUUUGGGUUCUAAUAAUGCAAACAUCUUGGUUCAAGAUAGGGAUACCGGAAUCGUUAUUGAAGAAAAGAUCAACGUGUAUGUUCGAUUGGGUAUUAGGAUAAUCUAUAACGCAAGAGGAAAGCAGUCCAGGAAAUUCAAAUCUUUAUUACGCACAGUUACCAUAAAGCAGGGAAAGAAGUUUGACCGUCCAAGUUCUGUAAAAGAUAUUGAGUCAUUUAUUAAAUUCCAUUCUCUUGAUAUGUCUCAAUGUUUAGAUAGGGAAUUUAAGACCUUCAACGAAUUCUUCUAUAGGAAAUUGAAGCCGGGAAGUAGGCCUCCUGAAUCCGAGAACCCAAAAGUUUUACUCUCACCCGCUGAUUCACGGUGUUCAGUGUUCCCCUCAGUUAGCAGAGCCACCGAGUUCUGGAUCAAAGGGAAAACGUUCACCUUGUCCAAGCUCACAAAUGGAUAUUAUUCUGAUAUAUUUAGUGAAAGGACAAGUAGCGUAGGAAUAUUCAGGCUAGCACCCCAGGACUAUCACAGAUUUCACUCGCCUUGCAAUGGUGUUGUUGGCAAGCCUAAAUAUAUUAGUGGUGAGUACUAUACAGUUAAUCCGAUGGCUGUCCGGACGGAAUUAGAUGUAUUUGGUGAAAACGUGCGCGUUGUCAUUCCUAUUGAAAGCGAAGAAUUUGGCACCAUCUUAUACAUACCCGUGGGUGCAAUGAUGGUUGGUUCGAUUAUUCUGACUUGCAAACAAGGGGAUACAAUAACUCGAGGCCAGGAACUGGGAUAUUUCAAGUUUGGUGGUUCUACUGUUAUUUUGGUGCUGGAAGCUAAAAACGUGGUAAUGGAUACAGAUUUGCUAAAAAAUUCUGAAGAAAGCAUUGAAACGUUGGUUAAAGUUGGCAUGAGUAUUGGACAUACCCCAGAUGUUAGAGAAUAUAGAAGAACAAAGGUAGUAGUAAAUGAUUCUCACGAAAUUGAACGAAUUAAGCGUAGCAUUACAGUCGCGGAAGAUGAUUCGGAAAAUAUGAACAAUGCGUCUUGGGAAUACAGAACGUUGAAAAACCUAAACGACGAAGAUCCAGAAAUAGAGGAGUUUUUCAGUAUACUCUCGGAACAAUACAUCUAA